GUGAUAUUCAUCAUGACCACCCAUAAAUGACCGUAUAGUUUUGUGCGUAGAGUUGUCUUUGUUCAGCUUUUACAAACAUGCUACUAUAGUUGGUUAGUAAACAAAGGGAGACUUGGGUUUUUCCGAACAUCGUACCUUUUGAAAAGGCCAUGUGACCUCAUCAUAACACGUUUCUCGUGUGCAGUGCACAAAUGUACGAUCCCGAGUUGCAGAUAAUUCCACUAAAGCUAAAUUUUCAUCCUGGUUUCUCCAAUUCUUUCAGCACGUCCAUGAGCUUAGAAAUAAGUGUGAUUAGAAGUGAAACAUCAGUUCAACACGGAAUACAAGAGCUAGCAUAAUCCCAAAGAGGAUGGAUAAUUUCGAUGAUAUUCUGAAAGACAUUGCUACAGAAACGAGCACAGAUGAACAAAUGGAUAAUUUAGGAGCAGCACUUGGAAUGUCAGCUACUGAUAUCGCCGGCUACAAAGCAGCAAAUACAGCUGAUGCAAAGGACGAGGGAACAUUAAGAAUGCUCAUCGCUUGGCGUGAAACACAGACGUCUUCAACGGAGAAAGCCGCCUUGAGUCAUAUCCUGAAGAUGGCCGGCAGGAGUGACCUGUGUGAUAGAUAUCUCCCAAUGACUGACGUUGCUCAAGAAGAGGUGCAAGCCCAGCAGAGCGAUGCAUCGAGUGAUGAAGACAGAACCGAGUUGAAUAAACUAAGAGAGACGCUUAAGGACUAUACACCUGGGAAAAGCACAGACACUGUAUGGGAUGAAACAUUUCCCCCAGUGAUUAAUAUCGGACUGUUUGGCGUUGCGGGUGUUGGAAAAUCCGCUUUCAUCAAUUCACUCAAAUUCGCUUUGAAAGGUGAAUACGAGACCGUUGCAGCUGAGGGUAGAUAUGAUAAUCAGGGAAGCAGAACCCGGUAUAGAGAUCCUGUGCGCCUCACCAAUUGCAUCCAUGUCAUGGACAAUAGACCCAUGAAAGACUAUUCACUGGGGCAAAUAAAAGGCAGUUUGAUACCACAGAUAUGUGGCAAGCGUGGACUCGAUCCCCAUAAGAGGAUAACGAACGGGAGAGUGGUGCACUGCCCUGUUUUCGUCUCCGAUUUCACUCACGGUCCUUGUUCACAAGUCCCCAUGCAGGAUUUUCUCCAACAGCUUUCAACUAUAGGAUAUUCCCAUGGUGACAGACAACUGAUGAUUGUGGCUACAAACAAGAAGUCUCAAAAGAGAGAUUUCCAAACUCAGCUUGAGCUUCUUCAUUCCCAGAUUGGUUUCGCAGAAGAAAACAUAUGGGUCUUCGAAAACUACACCGAAAAGGAUCAUGAACAUGAUGAUGCAAGAAGCAUUGAGUAUUUGAAAUUUCUUUUGAAGUGUUUGGAUGUCGCAGAAAGAAAUAUAUUGUAUGAAAUGACAAUAUCGAAAGAGAGCUGUUCGUUAUGGUCUAGAAUAAAGCAAAUGUUGAAUGGCAAGACGGUUGCAUGUUUACUCGCUGUCGCGUUCAUUCACUUCAUAGUCAUGAGCCAAGACAGUCUGAAAAGAUUGCCUUUCAUCAAUCAUGAAUCUUGAGUUCAUCUAUGAAUGAUGAACUUGAAAUUAAUGUUCAGUACUUGUCAUGCGAUAUCCUUUUAAAGGAAAUGUUCUAGCUGGAUUCAGACUCAAAGAGAUCGAUUGUAUAUGUAUAUUACAUAAGAAUAAUUUUUAGUGUAAAUUGCGUGGUUUUAUAUUCCUAAACAUCAUAACGAAGUGAACAAAAUUCUGUUUGUAAAUCACAUACACAGAUAUGGAUAUAUUGGACUAUACUUGUAACACAAUUUAGUCCAAAGAGUUUAUCUAUUUGUAUUCGUAAUUAACAUAAUGAGGACAUUCUAAGAUCAAUCCCUUCUCUUGGACAUUACUUUUAUUAUCCGCCCCCCCCCCCUUUCCGUGAAAAAAGGUUAUGGAGUUAUCAGUAUUUCACCAUAAACAGAAUUCAUCCUCCUCAGUCUCUUAAUAAACAGUUCGAAAGACGAUAUUGCAUGAUAUAUGUGACUUCAUGAUUAUCCAUUUCAUCAAACUUAAUGAUAACUUUCAUAACAUUUAUGAUAUAAACGAAACAACAAAUAAUGCUCUUAUUCAUUUCAGGAAUAAUGGUCUUUAAAAAUAACUUUAUUGUAUACAUCUGUUGUAAAUUAGUGAUUGACUAUGGAAAUCUUUUAAUAGGCAUACCCGGUAAAGCAGACAAUUACUGCUUAAGGAAUGGCAAGCAUUGUCAAGGUACUUAAAGUAGCAUACGUUUAGUGUAUAAUUUCACUCUAGAUAACCCAGAUUAUGAACAUAACGGCUCUAGUUAAUGUAGGACCUAUAAACUCAUAAAACACAACCAGGCCAACCUAGAAAAUAACGUGAAUUCGGUCAUUUCCGUUAUAUAUUUAACCGCGUAACGAUUGUUACUGUUUACAAUGUAUUUUAUGACGAGAAAAUACAAGUAAAAUUAAUAGCCUCUGUAGGGUUAUGCAUGUUAUGUCUUUGAAUAUACGUCAGGAAAGUACUUCAAGAAUAAGUCUUUGAUAUCUGAUUGUUGGUUCGAUCAACUGCAUUAAACACAUGGUUGUGCGUAAAAUGGGGUUGAUGUGUAUUUGUGGUGAGUGGGUACUUUGGGUGUGUUUGUGUGGGUGUGUA